AUGCCAUUGUUGCGCCGGGCUUCGACGGAGAAGAAGAUCGGAGAUGGAGUCGGCCGACGAUGUAGAGGUUCGUUUUUUUUGGACGGAGAGUUCGUCGCUUCAAACGGGCGGCGACAGAGCUUUGCUCGUGUGGCGAACGAGGCGCGAAAUUGGCGAAGAACGACGGAGGGUUUGGCCGCGAAAUUGGCGAAGAACGACGGAGGAAUCUACUCCCUUCAAGGAGGAAACCAACAAGGCCGACGAGUUAAUCGAUCUGGAGAAGAAGGCACUGGACGAAUUCAAGGUUCUGAUCCAAGGGCUCGAUUUUCGCAUUUGGAUGAGUGGGGAGUAGAUGUGGUCCUCAACGAUUGA